UUUUUUUUAUCUGAUAUGGUUUUGAUUUUCAUUCUGAACUUUACUUGCCUAAUCCUAAUCUAAAGUUUAGCCUUUACUUUUAUUAAAAACAAUAGAUAUACUGGUGCAUAUAAACAAUAGUUAUGUGUACAAGUCUAACUUUACCCAGUUCAACACUGGAGACGAUGAAUAAAUUAACGAAGUGGCUUUCGGAAACUCCGAAAUUCACAUCAUUUAGAAUCAAUAGAUUGAAAGAAUUUGAUAUUAAACAUCUUGAGAAGUAUUUAGAAACACAAAGUCAUGAAUUAGGCGUAAAUCAUAUACCCAAUAUUUAUUUAUUAAAAGAAGAUUGCCUUAUUGUUGAAAAGUGGCCGGAAAAUGUAUGCCUGGAAAGGGGUAAUAGUGAAGUAAUAGUUGAUGUAUCCUGUGCAACUGCAGUACUGAGAGGUGCUCAUGUGUUUGCACCUGGAGUUUUAGCACUCCCACCUAGUUGUAAGUUGAAUGAGAGAGUUGAUGUGUAUGGAGAUUUAGAACGCAAAUGUAAAAGAGGUCUCAAAGUUCAUUAUGAAGGUAGAAAAAUUUAUGUCGGAACAGGUUAUUUAAAAAUGCAACGGUAUCAUUUAUUUGACAGUGGUGUCCAGCCAAGUGGUAUUGCCGUACACAUGUUACUACCAGCUUCUAGGUUGCCAGUUAUAAAUGAAUCUAUUUAUCCGAAAGGACAUAUUUUAUUACAAAACCUACCUUCAAUUAUUGUUGGUUGGGUUCUGAAUGCGAAACCAGAUGAACACAUUCUUGAUAUGUGUGCAGCACCCGGAAAUAAAACAACACAUUUAGCUGAGACAUCAAAAAACCAGGCACCUAUUGUUGCUUUGGAUAAAACAAAACAGAAAACGGACAAGAUAAGUAAGAAUUUAGAAGCACAUGGAAUAACUAGUGUCAAAGUAUUCCCAUAUAACUCUGAAAAUUGUUGUACAGAUAACAGUGAAGGAGAAAAAAAUGAGCCACCGUAUCCAUUGAAUACUUUUGAUAAAGUACUUUUGGAUGCCCCGUGUAGUGGCUUAGGACAGAGGCCACUGUUAGCAAAUACUAUUACUCCAAAGAUGUUGCUGUCUUAUAAACAUAUUCAAAGAAAAUUAUUUGAUGCGGCAGUCAAAGUAUUAAAAGUUAAUGGAAUACUUGUGUACAGUACAUGUUCAAUAACUCAAGAAGAAAAUGAAAGAAUGAUUGCAUGGGUGUUGAACAAAUUUCCGAAUAUGCAAUUGGUUCCCGCUGAACCCCUGCUUGGUGGACCAGGGUUAGCAAACAUUGGGUUGACCGAUGAACAGAGAAUCAUGGUACAACGUUUUGGUCCUGAGGAAGAUCCACUUAGGCAAGUUGACGACAUAUAUAAAAAUAGUAUAGGAUUUUUUAUCGCUAAGCUUAUAAAAAUCAAAUAAUUUUUAUUAUAAACACAAAA